AUGUCGCCUGACUACAGUCGCACUACGGAACAGGUUUACACAGAUCUUGCAGAACUCUACUUGCGCAAAAACAACAAUCUCGAUGUCCUAGGCUUCGUGGUACACCCUGCACCAGACUCUGCGCAAAUGCAAGGAAGUGCGCCUGUUGUGAAUGGAUCAAAACUUCUAGUACAGUGUUAUCGUGUGGACGAAAUCUCCCGCUUGUCAUUGAUCUGCGAACAAGUUAACGCUGAAAUGUUGCGAUCCUGGAUGGUUGACACACUGGGAAAUAAUUACCCAUAUACUGGUGAGACCUACGAAGAAGCAUUUUCGACCUCAGUCGUUGCUGAUAUACGAUACGAUCCAUUGGGGAAAUGUUACAGUCGUGGAGGGAGGAUGAUC